AUGGCCGCGUUCGACAAGACCCACGCCGCCGACUACGACAAUCGCUUCGCCGAGCUGCGGCCGUUGGUGGACGCGUUGCACCUCUUGAUCGCCGCGGAGCUGGCCGACCUGCCGACCGACGCACGGGUGCUGUGCGUCGGCGCGGGGACCGGGGCGGAGCUGCUGCCGCUGGCUGAGCGGUUCCCCAGCUGGCGGUUCACGGCGGUUGACCCGUCGGGGCCGAUGCUGGAGGUCUGCCGCCGCAAGGCGGAGGAGAGCGGCGUGGCGGACCGCUGCGAGUUCCACACCGGCUACCUCGACUCGCUGCUGCCCAGCGAACCCUUCGACGCGGCCACCUCGAUCCUGGUGUCGCAGUUCCUGCUCGACCCACAGGAGCGGACCCGCUUCUUCCGAGCAAUCGCCGAGCGGCUCCGGCCCGGCGGGCGGCUGGUGAACGCCGAUCUGGCGGCGAGCGCCUGCGCCCAAUCGGCCGACGACCUCAUGGCGUUCUGGAUGAGGGUGAUGAGCUACGGCGGCCAGACCGAAGAGCAGCUAGAAAACCUGCGGAAGGGUCUGAAGGAGUCCGUCGCCGUGGUGCCGGCCAGCCAGGUGGCCGACCUGAUCGCGGCGGCCGGGUUCAAGCGUCCCCUCCCCUUCUACCAGACGGGCCUGAUCCACGGGUGGUCGGGAAACGCCGUGGCUCUAGAGACCAUCGACCUCGCCAUCAUCGCCGCGGUGAUCCUCGUCACGGUCAUUGUGGGUCUGUGGUCCAGCCGUCGCGCCGGGGACAACCCGGCCGAGUACUUCCUGUCGGGCCGCGGCAUGUCCGGCUGGAUGCUGGGGAUCUCGUUGGUCGCGACCACGUUCGCCGCCGACACGCCCGGCCUGGUGACCGAGCUGGUCCGCACCCACGGCGUGGCGGGCAACUGGGCGUGGUGGGCGUUUCUGCUGACCGGCAUGCUGACCGUGUUCCUGUUCGCCCGGCUGUGGCGCCGCUCGGGCGUGACCACCGACCUCGAGUUCUACGAGCUGCGGUACCACGGCGGGCCGGCCCGCUUACUGCGGAUGUUCCGCGCCGCGUACCUGGGCGUGGUGUUCAACGUGAUUGUGAUGGCGGUGGUGUCGGUCGCGGCGAUCAAGAUCGGGCACGUGAUGCUGGGGCUUUCGACCACCGAGGUGCUGCUGUACGGCGGGGUCACGGCGCUGGUGCUCAGCACGCUGGGCGGGUUCCGCGCGGUGGUCUGGACCGAUUGCGUGUUGUUCGGGGUCGCAAUGUCCGGCGCGGUCGCGGCCGCGUACUUCGCGCUGCAGCACCCGGAGGUGGGGGGGCUGGCGCAGCUCUUCGAUCACGAGGAGGUCGCCGCGAAGCAGCGGAUGCUGGCGGCGAAGAGCGAGAACCACGCGCUGGGCGCGGUGAUGCUGUUCAACGCGGUCCAUUACGCGCUGCGCCCGUGGCCGUGGAUCCUGGUCGCGUUGGCCUCUCUGGUGGUGUACCCGGAACUGGCGGACCUGGAGCGGGCGUUCCCGCAGCUCGACCCGUCCAAGCUGGGGAACGACUUGGCGUACCCCGCCAUGCUCACCCACGCGCCGGCCGGCUGGCGGGGCCUGAUCCUGGCGUCGCUGCUGUCGGCGUACGUCUCUACGAUUUCGACGCACCUCAACUGGGGGUCGUCGUACGUGACCAACGACUUCUACAAGCCGCUGGUCGGCGGGUCGGCUUCCGAUGCGCAGCUGGUGCUGGUGGGCCGCCUGGCCACGGUGGCGAUGAUGGUGCUGGCCAGCGGGCUGGCCUACUACCUGCAGACCGCCAAACAGGGCUUCGAUUUGCUGCUGAGCGUCGGCGCCGGCACGGGCUUGGUGUUUGUGCUCCGCUGGUACUGGUGGCGGAUCAACGCCGUGAGCGAGAUUGUCGCGAUGGUGGCCUCGGUGGCAGUGGCCGCGUUGUUCCAGUUCGUCGACUUUGGGCUGGAGGGUUGGCAGGUGCUCGGGCUGAGUGUCGCCGCGACCUCGGCGGUCUGGCUCGGCGCCACCCUGCUCACCCGCCCCGAGCCCGACACCACGUUGUUCUCCUUCUGCCGCCUGAUCCACCCCCGCGGCCCCGGCUGGCGCGCGGUCUACCGCCGCGCCGCGCAGGCGGGACACCCGAUCCCCACCGAUCCGCAAGACUCGAUCCCGCUGGGCCUGCUCCGCAUGCUGCUCGGGACCGUGGCGAUCUACGCCGCGUUGUUCGCCGUUGGUCAGGGGCUCUACGGGGCGACCACCCCGGCGAUCGUGCUGACGAUCACGGCGCUGGCCGCGGGGCUCGGGUUGGGGGUUACGUUCAGAACAACCCGCUGUUUGGCGUACCAGCCCGCGUGUUUGCUGCGCGGCGUCACCCUGCUCGAGCUGCUGGUGGUGCUCGGCGUAUUGGCGAUCCUGGUGGCGCUGACGCUGCCCGCCAUCCAAUCGAGCCGCGAAGCGGUCAGGCGGACGCACUGCGCGAACAACCUCCGGCAGACCCUGCAGGCGGUGCAGGCGGUUCACGACGCCGAGGCCGCCCUGCCCUCGCUGUACAACCGCGCCGGCCUGGCCUACCCGCUGCGGGAGUGGGACCUGUUCCACCUGCACUCCUGGCGGACGCCGCUCUUGCCGCACCUGGACGAGGCCCCGCUGCAUGACGCGAUCGCGUGGGAGCAGCUGGCGACCGCCGAGGAGAACGCCAACGUGGCCCAGUCGGUCGUUCCGAGUUUUGUUUGCCCGUCCGGCGGCUCCCCGGCCCGGGUGGGCUGGGGGCGGAAGCAUGACCGGCUGGGAGUGCCGCGGGAAGAUUUAAACGACGACGAUCGCUACUACGUCGUGCGGGCUGACUACGACGCGAUGGCCGGCAUUCAGGUGCUUCCCGACCCGCUUCCGCAGGGCGCCGAUGCGGACGACGUUCGGUUUGUGCGGUGGGGCGUGUGGGGCUGGCCCGUCUUUGAGAAGCCAAAGACCUCCGGCGCUCAGCUGCUGCGAUACCGACGCGGCCGAUUCCGCGACGUCACCGACGGGCUGUCGCACACGCUGGCCGUCGUUGAGCGGGGAGGCAAGCCAAUUCAUCUGCUGCACGGCCGGCCCCACCUAACGAAGGACAACCCUAGCGCCGACUACCCCGGCCAGGUCGGUUGGUCGGCCAGCAACUCGUUUGCGUGGUCCAUCAACGACAACGACGUCGGUGUGAACCAUUCGAACGCUACCGGGAUCUACGCCCUGCACCCCGGCGGCGCGAGCGUCGCGCUGGCCGACGGCGCCGUCCGAUUCCUGGCAGACUCGACCGACUUCGGCACGCUGGUCGCGUUGUUCGGGCGUUCCGACGGCGGGAUCCCCACGGAAGACUGA